CUCUGUGCAGGUCUGCUCAAGCGCAAGCCCAGGCUGCAAGUAAUCCACAAGCUUCUUCUCCUCCCAGGACCCCUUCUGCUUCUUGGAUCCCGAGGCGACGACUCGGACGACUAGCAUGUCUUCGGAGAAAGUGUCGCCGAGCGGCGACAAAGUGAGAGACGCCCAGCUGCUGGUCGAAAACAUCGAGGUUGCUGUCGCACAUGGAGAGAUAUCCGAGGCUAUGGUCGUCGCGGAAGGCGAGGAGCGCACGACUUGGUUCGUCUGGCUCCUUGUCGCGUGCGCUAGUAUCUCCGGUCUGCUAUUCGGUUAUGACACCGGCGUGAUAUCUGGUGCUCUGGUCACGAUCGGAGGCGAUCUCGGGCCUGCGGAGCUGUCCUCAGGACAGAAGGAACUCGUCACGUCCGCAACGACCCUCGGCGCGCUGAUCGGAGGCCUGGUCGCCGGCAUGCUCAGCGACUUCACCGGCCGGAGACCCGUCCUCGCCCUCGCAGACAUCAUCUUCAUCGGAGGCGCGAUCGGCCAGGCCGUCUGCCACACCGUCUGGUCCAUGAUCGGCUGCCGCUUCCUCAUCGGCAUCGCCGUCGGGCUCGCGUCGUGCAUCGCCCCGCUCUACAUCCAGGAGCUCUCCCCCACGCGUCUGCGCGGCCGGAUGGUCGUCGUGAACGUGGUCGCGAUCACGGGGGGCCAGGUCGUUGCGUACGGAAUCGACGCCGCGUUCGAGAACACCCGUGGGGGGUGGAGGUGGAUGGUCGGUCUGGGGGCCGUCCCGUCCGGCCUCCAGUUCCUCUUCCUGUUGUUCCUCCCCGAGUCGCCGCGUAUCAUGAUCAGAAGGGGGAACUCUGAGGCCGCACAGGCGAUUAUGGCUAAGAUCUAUGCUCACGCCACGCCGGAGCAACUCGACCUGAAGGUCAAGUCUCUGGCUGCUGCUGUAAAGCAGAGCGUCGAGAUCUCGAACACGACCACGCUCUUGCAGCGCAUACGCUUGAUACUCUUCGAUGGCAUCAACCGCCGUGCACUCAUCGUCGCAUGCGGCAUGCAAGCCUUCCAGCAACUGUGUGGUUUCAACACUCUCAUGUACUAUUCCGCCACCCUCUUCAAGGAGAUCGGCUUCGACCAGCCCACGGCCGUCGGCCUCAUCAUCUCGGGCACGAACUUCAUCUUCACGCUCUUCGCGCUCCAGUACAUCGACAUCAUCGGCCGCCGCAGGAUCAUGGUCUGGACCGCCCCGGGCAUGAUCAUCGGCCUCGUCCUCGCCUCCGUCGCCUUCCACUUCCUAACCCGCAAGACGGGCGGCGCCCUCGUCGACGGCACGCCAUACUCGCACACCUGGUCCGCGAUCGUCCUCCUCGCGAUGAUCUUCUACGUCGCGUCGUACGCGACCGGGCUCGGGAACGUGCCCUGGCAGCAGGGCGAGCUCUUCGGGCUCGAGGUGCGCGGCAUCGGCACGUCGCUCGCGACGACCACGAACUGGGCGGGCAACCUGCUCAUCGGCGCGACGUACCUCUCGCUCAUGGACCGCAUCACGCCCGCGGGCGCGUUCGGCUUCUACGCGGGCCUGUGCCUGCUCGGCUGGCUCUUCUGCGUGUGCUGCUUCCCCGAGACGGCGGGCCUGAGCCUGGAGGAGGUCCGGCUCGUCUUCAGGCACGGGUUCGGGAUCGGGGAGAGCGCGCGGCUGAGGAGGGAGAAGCGCGCGUUGAGGAGGGGCGAGCGCGGGGAGAGGGACGGGGAUGGUGGCGGGGCGGAGGAGAAGGCGUAGGGUAGGCCUUCGGGGUGACUGACUUAUUAUUGGAUUGGAAAUGAUGCUCGCUUGCAAGGCCACGACUAGCAUGUUUGUAAUUCCUGGACACGACCUAAUGGCUACGAUUUGU